AUGGCGCGCCUCGACGACCUUCAAUUCGACCCAGCGCGUCUCAAAAACUCCAGUGUUGACGCCUACUCCUCGUCCGAUUCCGAUGGCGACUCCGACUCCGACGACUAUGUGAUCCCCUCGCGCAACCCACACGACGACGAGUUCGCCGAUUACAACCCGCGCAAGCGCCGGCGCACGGGUCGCGACCCUAAGGAGAGCGCGGCACUCGGCAUUUUUGCCGAGGACAGCGACGAGGACGAAGGCCCUGCGCGCAGGUGGAAGCACAAGCCGCUGCGGAAUAGGGGCGUUAAUUUCGUGUCGGGAGGGCAGCAGAAGAAGGAGGAGGAUUCGUCGGAAAGUGAUGAAGAGGAGAGCAAUGAUGAUGAGAGAAAGCAGCAGGAGGCUGUGGAUAAUGAAUACGAUGAUGAUGAUCCCGGCGGGGUGCCCGCCGCCUUGACAGAGGAUGACGUGGACGAAGAUGAAGACGACGAGAUGGGCGGCGUUGGGCUCGGCUUCAAGCCCUCUUCCACGUCGGCUACGUCGCAGCCACAAGGGGGAUUAGGCUGGACGCUGCCAACACAGCAGGAAACGACGACUAAGAAACCGCCGCCCUUCCAGCGCUUUGUCAAGUCCAAGAUCGAUCCGAGCAACCCUCUCGGACCCGGCUUCACCCCGACAUCUGCCCGCGCGCCAACACUGCUUGCCCGCAAUGAUGAGCCGACGCCGCCGCGUACAGCCCUGCCGAGCGCGUUCCAGCCGACGAAGGAUGGCAAGACUAAGAUCAACCCGAACUCGUUCGGUGCGAGGAUGCUGGCUAAGAUGGGGUACAAGGAGGGUCAGGGUCUUGGUAAAGAUGGACAAGGUCGAAAUGUCAUCAUUGAGGUCAACCUGCGCCCGCAGGGCGUUGGUCUCGGUGCGGUGAAGGAAAAAACGAAGCAAGAGAGGGAAGAAGAGAAGCGCCAGGCCAGGCUUCGUGGUGAGGAGGUCAUCGACUCGUCGGAAGAAGAGAGGAAGAAGAAGGCUGCGAAGAAGAAGAAGGGGCUUGCUGGCAAGAUCGGCAGCGGUUCCGGCAGCGGAGCUAGCACACCUCGGCCUCAGAAGCCCAAGUACUUGACAAUGGAGGAGAUCAAAAAGGUAGCUCCAGGCCUGCAUAUCCCAGAGGCAUUCACGCCCAUUCUUGACAUGACUGGGCCAGAGAAGAAGCUGCUUACCUCCACGUCCGGGCUGAUGACCCCGACUGGCGGGACUGGUGCUGCCCCCACAGCCGAGUCCGUUGAAGCAGCGGAGAAGCGCAAGCUCAUCAAGCGGGCUCAGGCCGACUUCAUGGCUAUCUUGGAGGAGUGGCAGAGCUUACAGGAGCGUAAGGCCUACAUCGACUUACAGCUGCAGCAGGAGCGCCAGGAGCUCGAGGAGCUCGAGGCCAGCUUGCAAGGCAACCGGUCUGUCACAACCGCAUGCGAAACAGCUUUGCGACCCCCUGAAAGCGGCGAGCUCGACCAGAAGAAGGACUUGGAGUACCGCCUUGAGCGUAUCAUUGCUGGCUUGGCCAGUGCUACAACGUCCCUCAUCGUUGGCACCAUGCUUCCGCAGGUUCGCGACGAGCUCGGUGCACUGGCCGUGGCCGCCAUUCAUCCUCUCUUUAACCAGUUCCGGCAGCUGUGGGAUCCCCUUGAGGAGCCCAAACCCAGUUUUGUCGAUGGCAUGAAGGAAAUCCGGUCGCUACUGGGCCUGGACCAAAAGCCCAAGAAGAAGACCUACCGCAAACCCUCUGCUACGCCUUACGAGACCAUGAUGUACGAGCUGUGGCUACGCACCGUGGCAGCUUCUGUGCGGGAGUGGGAUGUCCGCGAGCCAGAGCCCCUGAUUGCUGUACUUGAAGCCUGGGAUGCACUCCUGCCAGGCUUUGUGCGUGCUCAGCUGCUGAGGGACGUUGUCCGCAAGCUGGAGGAGGCCGUCGAGAAGUGGCAGCCAAGGAAGCACACACACAACUUACCACACCGCUGGAUCUUCCCUUGGCUGCCGUACCUACCGGCGAGCCACCUAGAUGCAAAGGCUGCUACUGGACUUGUCGCGGAUGUGCGCCGAAAGUUUAGGACGCUGAUCGAUGCCUGGGACUUCUCGCGCGGCGUAAUCCCCGGCCUGAAGCACUGGAAGCAGGUCCUGUGGCCAGAGCACGGACGUAGCAGCGACUAUUGGACACCGCUGAUGAUGAACCAUCUCCUACCGGCCAUGGCGAAGUAUCUACGGCAGAAGUUCCGCGUUGACCCUCGCGAUCAAGGACCGUACAUCGAUAUCCUCGACAAAGUCUUCGAGUGGACAGAAGUUAUUCGUCCCGAGAUGGUCGGCGAGGUCAUCGUUGCCGAGGUCUUCCCCAUGUGGCACGAUGCACUGUACCAGUGGCUACUCUUGGAAGAUGCCAACUACGAGGAGAUUGGCCAGUGGUUCGAAUGGUGGCAGGAUCAGGUGUUCCCGGAUGACAUCAAGGCGCUGCCGUCGAUCACGGCCGAGUUUGAGAAGGGGACUGCCAUGAUCGAGAGGGCUCUGGAUCUUGGUAAUCGGGCCAAGGAUGAACUCAAACCCCCUGAGCGUGGUCCUGCGCUCCGCACGGGAAGGGAAGAGAGGAGAAGGACAGAGAAGGAGAGGGAGCGUGAGAGAGAAAGAGAGAAAGAAAAGGAGAGAGCGACUGUUGGCAAGCCGCCUGAGGAGAUCACCUUCCGGCAGGUGCUUGAGGAGUGGUGCCAGGAGCAUGAUUUGCAGUUCAUGCCAGAGAGGAACAAGAUCCAUGCCGAGGGUCCUCUGUACCGGAUUUCUGGGCCGGAUGGGAAGAAGGGCGUGUCGGUUUACUUCAAGGGCAAUUCUGUGUUUGUGCUCAUGAAGGACCGCAAGCCGUUAGAGUUCCGGCGGGAUGAUGAGGCUGAAUGGGGCAUCUUGCUGGAUAUGGUGUAUUAA